AUGGAAAAUAAUGAUAAUUUGCGUAAAGAAUUAUAUUGUGUCUUAUUUCCUGGUAUUGUUAAGAAUGAUGAAAAGGCUAUACAGUGUAUGGGUGGUAUGAAGGCUCUUUCACAGCAUUACACUCAAGCUAAUAAAAAACGACUGGGAUUCAGCUUUCAACCAGAUAAUCCUUUUAUGAAGAAAAUAUAUGCUGACGCAAAACCCAGCGCCGGUGUCCUCUUUAAAAUAAAGGUUAAGAAAACUAGAUCGGGUAAUGAGGUUAAGAAAGAAGUCAUUUCAACAUCUAUUGUUGGAACUGUGAAGAAAAUUAAUAGGUUUGAAUCAAUGUGUGACUUCCAAUACUUACCACUCACAACACCACAUGUAGAAGGUGAUAAACCGCAAUGUCUUAUAGAACAAAUUAUACCUUCGGGCCUGGAUGAACUGAAUUCAAUAUUGGAACCCACACCUCUUUUUAUAACACCAUCAAACUUUACGAGAUCAGACAAACCAAUAACAUACUGCUACACAGAAAAACGCUAUGUGACAAAGGAUAUGAUGAAAGGCGAGUCGCCAAAUGACGAAGUACAUAAGACGAGGGUGGAGAGGUCUUUGCAUUUACCCAGAUUUAUAUUUUCACUGAAUGAAGAGUUACCGACUGAACCCAAUGAAUAUUAUAUUAAAUUAAGAAAUGCAAGACAAGCUUUGAAUCCUUGUUUGGAAGAGGAAUAUAAUACAGUGGCAAAGCUCUUUGAAGAAAGACCGAUAUGGUCGUUGAAUCUAGUCAAGUUUCAUACAAAGAUAAAGGUGUCAUCUCUUAAGGUGAUAAUGCCGUGUCUCGCAUUAUACAUGAGAGAAGGUCCUUGGAGGAUGUUGUGGACAAGAUUUGGAUAUGACCCUAGAAAAGAACCGGGUGCAAGGAUUUACCAGACCCUAGACUUUAGGAUGAGACAUGCAGCCGGUGUCCACUCUAUGGUGACAACUCGUGAUGAGUUUGUUCAUUGCAAGAAGAAAGAUAGAAUUAAGAAUUUAAGUAAGAGUGCUAUCGAUGACCUCUCAGUAGAGGACACGGUAUGUGAAGGCGCUGUUUACUUUAGACCUGGAAUGGCCCCAACUCAGAGACAAAUAUACUACCAGUAUUGUGAUGUAUACCUGCCAGAAGUCCAAGAACUAGUGUCUCUGUCCCCGCCAGCCGGGUACACGUGUCACGAGCGUCGCGGCUGGCUGCCUCCAGACACGGACCAGCUCUGUCGGGACCACAUCUUCAAAUACGUCAUGCAGACCCUACUAUCUACUAAUCGUGUUAAGUGUGAGGAUGUGGUUGGUACUGGCGGCGAGAGUAGCUCUGAUGACGCGGACGAAACAGCGAAUGCUUCUGUCGCUGAAGUUGAUGAAUCUAUUAAUACAUGA